AUGGCGGGUACACUUCGCGACGGUCCAGGGGGAGCGCCGUGCUAUGACAUGCGGUGGCCCUGCAGGUUGGGACCUAGGUAUGUCAACGGCAUCGAUCGCCUCACCAUGAGGUUCCUUGACCCAAUGCUAGAGAAGGGGUUCGCUCGCACCAGAAAAUCACAGCUGUGCCGCAGCACCGUUCAUAUGAUAUCCGUGAUCUGCUUUGUUCUCGUCAUGGGCACUCUGGCCCACGGGUUCUGGGACACAUCCCGGUACCACACGACGAAAGCCUACCAGUUGAGCAGGUGGCAGAUGCUACUUUUUAUGGGUUCAAUGCUGAUCCUGACCAUUGCCCUUGAUGUUGGGAGACUGCUAGCCAUGCGCGACAUCAUCAGCACCUCGGGAAUCUUGAUUGUGAUUGGAUGCGUAUGCGUCGCGAUUGCCAUGGUGUUACACCCGAAGCACUACGUAGCACGGGCGUUCGGGAAUGAUGACCCGGAGACCAUUUGGGGAAUGGAUUUGGGCGGCACCGACGGCCUCGUGGUGGUAAUGGUCGACUGCACCGUCACUUCUCUACACCUGCUGCUGCCAAUCCUCAUCCGCUGGGUGAUGCUCAUCCCCAUGGAGCUGGUUGCGGUCGUGGCAUACCCCACGCUCGCGCUGUGGCUCGGCAGUCCGAGUCCCGACAUGGUGCCCUUCACCGUUCUCGGGCUCCUGGCGCUCACGGUGCUUGCCGCCACUGGGAAGCGGUCCAAUGAGAGGAACGAGCGCGAGUUGUUCGUUGGGCUUCUGGCCGAGAGGCAACUGCGCUGCCGAGCAGAGUUUAAGCUGGCCCAGGCCGACGCCUCGUCGUCCGCGCCGGGCGCGGAGCUCGGUUCGGAGCGUUUCGCAGUGGCAAGCACCGGGCUGUCGCAGCCAGAGACGACCCCGAGCGAGGUGGCAUUCAACCUCAAGCUUGAGCAGGCGUCGUUUGAGCACAUCCGUGCAAUCGGCCGCGUGGAACAGUGGCUCAUCGCCAACGACGAAGUGGAGAUCUGGCCCGACAGGAUUCUCGGGGAAGGCGGCUUUGGUACCGUCGUUCCUGGGGUAUACCACGACACCUUAGUGGCUGUGAAGGCGCCCAAGCAGGACAUAGACAAAGGCUUACGCGAGAUCUGCAACGAGCUCAGGAUUCUUCGCCGCAUUCGUCACCCCAACGUCGCGUUUUUCUACGGUGCGUCCAUGGACGCUGCCAUGAAUAAGCUAUGCCUGGUCCUCGAGUUUGUCGACGGUGUGUCCCUUGGCGCAUUCAUCCGCACCAUCCGGCGCUCCGACCGCCCAGCGGAGCCGCGCUCCGGCGCUCCAGAGGCCGGAGCCCCCGCCAGCAGCGCCGCCGCGCGGGCCCUGCUCGUCUCCGACGUUCUGAACGUGCUGCGCUACCUGCACUCGAGGCAGCCCGCCGUCGUCCACGGCGACCUGAAGGACUCGAACAUCUUCGUGGAGAGGCGCCUCGGCAGGAGAGGACAGCGCUCGUUCCGCGCCAAGCUCCUCGACUUCGGCCUCUCGCGGGUCCUCACCCGGAGCGCCCGGCCGCUGGGCGGCACGCCGCGGUGGAUGGCGCCGGAGCUGCUCCAGCGCGAGCCGGUGAGGCCCGACGCCUCCGCUGACCGCUACUCGUUCGGCUUGGUGGCGUACUUCAUCGUGUCGGGGCGCAUGCCGUUUGAGCACGUCGGCGCGGAGCAGGCCUUCAGGAGUCUGCGCGACGGCAGGCCUCCCAGUCUGUCGUGGCCCGCGUCCGCCGACGAGCUCACCCAGGUCUGCCGGCCAGUGGUCCAGGAGUGUAUCCAGCCAACGCCCGCCCUGCGCCCCAAGAUGCACCAGGUCAGCAGCGAGCUGUCCGCCCUGCUGUGCCACGUCGCGGGUGGGGAGACGAUGGAGGCCUGGCGCGGCCCAGAGCGCCGGCUCCGGCCAGCAGGAGACGGGCUGGCAGGUUCGUCUGCGGCCAGCAGACCACCAUCUCCGUCUCGACGUCCGAGGACGCCGCGGGCACGCCCGAGUUCUCGGAAUCACCACGGAGGACGGACAGUGCAAGAUGAUGCAGAACGGGGGGGUGAAGUCGGUGAAGUUCUGCGGCCCCGGCAAGCUGGUGCUGUCCCGGAUGACCUGCAGCGAGCACCACGACUACAAGGCGCAGAUCAUCGAGCACAGCUCGAGCGAGUACACCACCAACUGCGAGACCAUCCCCCUGGCCGGCACCGUCGCGGACGGGUGGCUCGGCAGCUUCACCCUCGGGUGCUGAGCGCGGAGCGCGCCGCGCCGCCUCGGCGGCGUCGCCCCACCGGGCGGGUGCUCCCUGCGCGCCGCGCCCCCACCCGAGGGGGCGGCGUGCGCGCCGAGGCAUCUUCCAGUACGGGCUCCGUGGCGGGCGCACUCAUAUACUCAUAUACGUUUACAUCUACCCCCUUCCGACUUCAGCGUCUUGACUGUACGUCCUUGUGCGUCCCACCUCGGGCCCCCCCUGGGCUCGGCCACGGCGGCCGCGCGCGGCGGGCCGCAUGCGCCGCGGCGGCCGCGCAGCCAGAAACGCGGGCGGCCCUGGGCAGUCUGCCCCUCGGCGUCGUCGAGGUCUUUGGAAGGGAAAACCUCUAG